AUGGCGUCCAUGGCCAAAGUCUUUGGUGCCUACGAGGCCCGCAAGGCUCUCCUGGAAAAGUCGACCAACCCGCUCGCCCAGGGCGUAGCAUGGGUCGAAGGCCAAUUGUACCCGAUCAACGAGGCACGCAUUCCAUUGAUGGAUCAGGGCUUCCUUCACAGCGACUUGACCUACGACGUGCCGUCCGUCUGGGAUGGCCGCUUCUUCCGCCUGGACGACCACUUGUCGCGGCUGGAAAAGAGCUGCUCGAAGAUGCGGUUGAAACUGCCCGUCCCACGCGACGAGGUCAAACGGAUCCUGUGCGACAUGGUCGCCAAGUCCGGCAUUCGCGACGCUUUCGUCGAAUUGAUCGUCACACGUGGCCUGAAGGGCGUUCGGGGCACGCAGAACCCCGAGGACUUGACGAAUAGCCUGUACCUCUUUAUUACGCCGUACCUCUGGGUCAUGGAGCCUGAGAUGCAGCUGCAGGGCUCGGGCAGCGCGAUUAUCGCAAGGACAGUGCGCCGGACGCCCCCAGGCUGCAUGGACCCGACGGUGAAGAAUCUGCAGUGGGGAGAUCUGACGAGGGCCAUGUUGGAGGCCAAUGACCGGGGCGCCAACUACCCGUUCCUGACCGACGGCGACGGCAACAUCACCGAGGGCUCGGGCUUCAACAUCGUGCUGAUCAAGGACCGGGUCCUGUACACGCCUGCACGGGGAGUUCUCGAGGGCGUGACGCGCAAGAGCGUCUUCGACGUGGCCAACAAGCUCGGCCUCGAGGUCCGCCUGGACUUUGUCCCCGUCGAGCUGGCUUACCACUGCGACGAGAUGUUCAUGUGCACCACUGCCGGCGGCAUCAUGCCCAUCACCUCCCUCGACGGCGUGCCAGUCCAGGACGGCAAGGUCGGGCCCCUCACCGCAAAGAUCUGGGACCUGUACUGGGACAUGCACUACGACGAUACCUACAGCUUCGCCAUUGACUAUGAUGGCGUCGAGGGCAAGAAGAAUGGCGUCAACGGCGUCAACGGCACCAAUGGCGUGGCUCAUUGA